AUCCACAAGCCAUCCCCACACCCCACACAUCUACAUCCUUAUACCCCUACACUUCACGCCCCCACACCCCAACACCCCUAUACUCCUACACCCCUACACCCUAACACCCCAUCCUCCUCAAACGCCCAGAUACACACAGAACAGCCCCCACUGACGCCCUUCCCUUGUCUCCUACAGGCGGCGGAAAAGAUGGGCCUGAGCGCGGCCGGCCACGCGAGCGGCUCUCUCUUCUCCCUCUACCACAACGGACAGACGCACCUGGGGCAGCCGCCCCCCGCCCACAUGGGCAUCUCCCCGUACCAGCUGGAUCCCAAGGCCGGAUUGCGGCCGCCCGUCUACCCCUUCGCCGCCUCAGGCCAGUAUCCGUACCCCCUCGGUGCAGACUUCACGGCACAGAUGGCCUCAGCAUGGCCCACAGCCCGCAUGUACCCGCUUACCUCCUCCUCUCCGUUCAGCAGCAGCACCUACCCAUCCUCACCACUCUCCCUCUCUACCGCAACCCUGCCCAGGUUUUCUCCCAGCGGCCUGAUGCACCCGCACCCAGGCCUCACCCCGCCCCUCACGCACCCGCUCGUCGCCUCACCCAAGACCGAGCUCCCCAACACCUCCCACGACAACCACAGACAUCAUGGGCUGGACCAAAAACCAUCACUGCAGUCAAGUGACAAAACACAGAUGAUUGAAACUAAAAAUGGGGAAAAGAAACCCCAUAUCAAGAAACCUCUGAACGCCUUCAUGCUGUACAUGAAGGAAAUGAGAGCUAAAGUAGUAGCCGAAUGCACACUGAAGGAGAGCGCCGCCAUCAACCAGAUUCUCGGACGCAAGUGGCAUGCGCUAAGCCGCGAAGAACAGGCGAAGUACUAUGAAAUGGCGCGCAAAGAGCGCCAGCUUCAUAUGCAGAUGUACCCAGGGUGGUCUUCCCGCCAAAAUUACUCGCAGGGGAAAAAGAAGAAGCGUAACCGUGACAAAACCCAAGAUGGAGCCAAUAUGAAGAAGUGCCGUGCAAGAUAUGGGCUGGAACAGCAGAGCCAGUGGUGUAAACCAUGCAGGCGAAAGAAGAAAUGUAUUCGAUACAUGGAAGGAGAGGAAGGUGAAGACAUGGCGCCUGGGUCAGCAGACAGCGUAGAUGCCUCGCAAGAGAGCGAAGAGGAAGAUGAUUUGCAAGACAUGUCAUCUCCCUCAACAGCACUGAUGGGUGACCACACCGCCACCUCCCCUGCAUCCUCAAGUCUGAUGCCCUCGCCUGGUCCUUCUUUGGCAUCACCGUCAGGGCCACCUUCAUUGCUCAUGCCAUCGCCAGCUUCUCUGGCUUCCCCUUUAACGCCAGGAGAAGCUCCUCAGCUACAGAUGAACCAGGUGCCCCAGGGUCCUCACCCUCACAGGCCCCCUGUGGGCACCAAUCCUCGUGACAUCAAUAAUCCUCUUAGUGUGAACCAGUUGACUGGCCAGUGUGCUAGCAACAAACCUGAGGCUGGGUCUCAAGACUCCUCACACCCAGCUAUGGUGAGCGUCACAUGACCCACUGCAACCCUAGAUACCCACGCCCACAUGCUGUGCUGGACAUGCCCACCCUCUUAUAAACACCACACUUUUGUAAAGGAGAAAGUGCUAUAAUGAAGAAUCAGGAAUUCAUGCCAGUGUAUUUUGGCUGAUACAUUGGUUGUUUUUUCAUUGAUCAGGACAAAAUUUGGGCUCUAGGUUGGGCCUGUGCCAGUACAGUCACCAAUACCUCAGUGUCAAAAGUGUGGCUGAAGACAAAGACUUGUGGCCCCUGUUUGGCACCAUCCCUGUAAAUAAUUGUUCCUUCACAUCAUGAAUCAACCCUUCAUUGUAUCACACACACAGCAGUGUUAGGUACUCUACUCUAAAGCUGCAGAGCCAGCCGUUCACUUCGUUCUAUUCUGCAACAUGGAAAAAAGUGUAAAACAAACAAUAUUUGUGGUGAAAUCCUGGAAUCAUAUGCUGGUAAAUUUGAUAAUUAAAUGUGUCAGGAUGACCAUACCUAUGUAUAAGCCUAGACUUAGCCAGUGUUGCAGGCUAAGUAUGGAGACAGUCUUGCUUUUCUAAACUGUGAAGUGUUUAGGGAGUUGACAAAGGCACUGUGCAGCCUCAGGCUAAUCAGUGUUCACCUUACAUAGGGUCUAUUUGAAAAUUUAAGCAGUGAAAAGCUGGAUUGUGUUAAUCAUUGUUGAAAUCCAAGAAAGCUGGAAAAAAUAUAAGAAAGACAAGAGUCAGUUUCAUGAAGAGUUAUUUAUUGGCAAACAAGUUAUAGCUGCAAACCGGUGAGGGAACCCUGCACAUCACCUUAUACUAUAAGCCACUAUAUGAAAAGAUCAGAGCUGCUGCUUCAGUGGAUCAGGGAUUGAUGUGUUUAAAUAAAUCUGAAAUGGUUGUAAAUACUUGAGAAAUUUUACCAAAAUAAACUUGCUCUCUAAUGCCAUAGUUCUUAUCAUCCGUGGGAGCAUUUGUUGUACAGCUAUUAAAAUGGCUAACCAAUUAAUACGUGAAGCUUUGGACUGGUUUCAGAAGUACACAGUACUUUACAGACCACAGAGUCUUUUGUAACUUCAGAAUAUUUUUUGUUCUUUUUUUUUUUUUUUUACAUAAACUUUUGUUGAGAUUUUUAAAAUUAAUGUAUCACUAUUUAUAACCAUGAAAACCCCAGACAGACAGAUGGAAAGUCAGUCUUCAUGCCUACUCAUGUUUUGUGGAUAAUAUAUACCACAGAAUGUUAGAUAUUUCUAAUUAACUGAAAAAAUUAUGUCAGGCUUGUGUUUACUGUGAUAUUGUGUAGUUUAGGAAAUAUUAUAUGAGUGAAAAUUUAAACUGACAUUUCAGAUUGUU